AGCAGCUCUGUGGACAGGAGAGGAAUUCCUGUUUGGACCAAGAGGAACCAGAACCUCUGCAGAUAAAAGAAGAGCAGCAAGAACCAGAAGAUCCCUGGACAAAAGAGGAAACCAUGGAGCUCCCCAUUAGUGAGCAUGAAGAGCUGCAACCUUUCCCAUGUUUGACAUGUGGAGAAACUUUUCUAAAUAAAGAACAUUUAAUGGUUCACAUAAGAACUCACAAAGGUCAGAAGAUUCAUGAAUGUCUGUCCUGUGGAAAAAUUUUCAAAAUGAAAUCUGAUCUUGAUAAACAUGUGAGAUUCCACACAGGUGAGAAGCCUUUUGAAUGUCUGUCCUGUGGAAAAAGCUUCACCUCCAAGUCUGAUCUUAAUAUUCACAUGAGAAUUCACACAGGUGAGAAACCUUUUGAAUGUCUUUCCUGUGGAAAAAGCUUUACUCAGAAAUCUAGUCUUGAUAGACACAUGAGAAUUCACACAGGUGAGAAGCCUUUUGAAUGUCUGUCUUGUGGAAAACACUUUACUCUGAAAUCUAAUCUUGAUAGACACAUGAGAUUCCACACAGGUGAGAAGCCUUUUGAAUGUCUGUCUUGUGGAAAACGCUUUACAAUGAAAUCUAAUCUUGAUAGACACAUGAGAUUCCACACAGGUGAGAAGCCUUUUUCCUGUACCAUUUGUAACAAGAAUUUUACUGAAAAGAAUAAUUUGACUAUUCACAUGAGAAUUCACACAGGUGAGAAGCCUUUUGAAUGUCUGUCUUGUGGAAAAAGCUUUACUCAGAAAUCUAAUCUUGAUGCACACAUGAGAUUCCACACAGGGGAGAAACCUUUUUUAUGUCUUUCCUGUGGAAAAAGCUUUACUCGGCAAUCUUAUCUUGAUAGACACUUGAGAAUUCACACAGGUGAGAAGCCUUUUUCCUGUACCAUUUGUAACAAGAAGUUUACUGAAAAAAGUCAUUUGACUUUUCACAAGAGAAACCACACAGCUGAGAAGCCUUUUGAAUGUCUCUCCUGUGGAAAAAGCUUUACUCAGAAAUGUCAUCUUGAUAACCACAUUAGAAUUCACACAGGGGAGAAACCUUUUGAAUGUCUGUCUUGUGGAAAACGCUUUACUACGAAAUCUAAUCUUGAUGCACACAUGAGAAUCCACACAGGGGAGAAUUAUUUUUCUUGUACCAUUUGUGACAAGAAGUUUAUUAGAAAACGUAGUUUGACUAUUCACAUGAGAAAUCACACAGGGGAAAAGCCUUUUGAAUGUCUUUCCUGUGGUAAAAGCUUCGCUCAAAAAUCUGACCUUAAUGCACACAUGAAAAUUCACACAGGUGAGAAACCUUUUGAAUGUCUGUCCUGUGGAAAAAGCUUUAUUAAGAAAUCUCAUCUUGAUGCACACAUGAGAAUUCACACAGGGGAGAAACCUUUUGUAUGUCUGUCUUGUGGAAAACGCUUUAUUCAGAAAUCUAGUCUUGAUACACACAUGAGAAUUCACACAGGUGAGAAACCUUUUUCAUGUCUGUACUGUGGAAAAAGCUUCACUCAGAAAUCUAGUCUUGAUUCACACAUCAAUCACAUACAUUUGUGACAAAGGUUUUAAACAAGAAGGUAAUUUGAGUCUUCAGGUGACAGUUAUUCAUGCAGGAUGUGGAAUGAUUUAUAUAUAUAUAUUUAAACAUUUGUUUCAUAUAAGUCACAGCAGUUAGACUCCACAGGAAUGAACAGUAGAGGCGUUUUCUGUUUGACUUGUCAUAAAAUGUCUAUCUAGACAUCUUCACCUCAUUACAUGAGAAACCCACAGUUAAUGAUCUUUUGAGCAAAAUUUUGAUGAAGCUGUUAAUUAAUAAAGCUCAUUUCACAUAGAAACUAGAACAGAUAAGGUGUUAUAAUGUAAACCUGGUAAAUAUUCAGGUCCUGGGUGAAUAUGUGGAUGUGAACAUAUGAAAGGUAACAAUUUUGGGCCUGAGGAAAUUUAAAUGGUAAAAAAAAGAACGUUGUCCUGACAAAAAGAUGUUUACAUUCACAAUUUUUCACUUUUCCUGUUAUGAAGGG